AUGGCACAACAUUAUGUGUUUACUGAUUUCAAGCUACCAAAUCACAUACGCCUCCUUACGAUUCACUCUAGGGAUUAUGUUGCAGCUUUACAGGGCUCCAUCUCGGAGCAUCCGUUAGCGGAAGCCCCGGCCUAUGAGGCACUUUCGUACGCAUGGGGCUCUCCUGAAGGCGAAGACGAAGCUCGUCCCUCUAUGACUUUGGAUGGUCAACGAUUCGACAUAUCGUGUGCUCUAGAGCGAGCGCUACGCAGGCUACGGAAACUGGACAAUGCGCGGAUCAUGUGGAUUGAUAGUGUUUGCAUCAACCAGGCAAACAAAGAGGAGCGCAAUGCGCAAGUGGCUAUUAUGCCCGACAUUUAUCGCGGUGCAGCAAGGGUGGUAGCGUGGAUUGGGGAGAAGACGCGCGACAGUGAUCGCGCGCUGCUGUUCCUCAAGGAGAUGGCAAUGCACCAGAAGUUUUAUUUGCGGCACAAUUGGAUAGAUGGUGAACGGUUGGGAAGCGACACAUUCCGAAUCCACGAAGAAAUGGAAGGGAUGAAAAAAUUGAGUAGUAGAGACGCUUGGAACAAAGUUCUGGAUAACAGCAAGCACCACGGACACAUUAUCACGGGUAUCCCCAUCUUAUAUGCGUCCCCAUACCACCCGUUCUUCGAAGAUGCUCGGCAAGCAGACUGGGAGGCCGUUGACAACCUCCUAGCACGACCAUGGUGGUCGCGAACUUGGGUAGUGCAGGAGAUUUGGCAAGCACAAGAGGCUAUACUCCAGUGUGGCGACUCGACACUCAAGUGGAAAACCGUCAGAAAGGCCAUGCAGUACCAAGAAGCCUGGGAUGAUAUGGGCUGCUUGGUCAGGGGCACCAAAAGAUGGGAGCUUUGGGCCACGUUGAAGCGGCGAUAUGGGCUGGCGAUCCAUAUCUCUCAGCACAGACUUCUCGGCAGCAAACUGUCAGAUCUGCUGUGGAAUGUUUGGGACAGAGAUGCCACUGAUCCGAGAGAUAAGAUAUUUGCCAUCUUAGGCCUUGUUGGAAAGGACUACGGCGACACUAUGCCUGCAAUAGACUAUUGUAAAUCUGUUGAGCAGGUAUAUAAGGAGAUCGCCUCUUUCAUCAUGACGGAGGAGAAAUCGCUUGAUCUUCUUCUCGCCGCUUCCGGUCUCCAUAGCCAGUCAACUUUGCCCUCGUGGGUUCCCGACUGGAGGCGAGCAGCCAACGACAACCGGCCAGCGCUCUUCAUAAACGCCUCUUUAAUGCGGAUACAGUGUUACUUCGUUGGUUCUGCGGAGGCUCUAUAUCUCAACGGCCACGGAUUCUCUGCGUCGGGCCAACUAGAGGCUCGAAUGAGCUUCGGCGAUGACCUGAGCGUGCUAUGCGUUCAUGGCUUGCUUUUUGACACCGUAACCGAGGUUUCAGAAGGUUUUGGAAACGAUUUGAGUGCAGACACUAUCAUUCAAGGCGCGCAAUCUACGAUAACGAAGGCAUACAAGAGCGGCACUUCACUACUGAAAACUCUUGUCAAUGAGAACGAGCUAAGGAGAAUCCUUGCAGCAGGGUCCUUGAUAGAUCCCCACAGCUUGCGAACCGAGAGUCAGGCCAUCGAAAAUGUUAUGAGACUGAGACGGUGUUUUGUCACGAGCGGUGGUCAUUUCUGCAUUGGGCCCUCCAAAACGCAAACCGGAGAUGUCAUCUCCAUCUUUGCUGGCUGCAACUUUCCGAUAGUCCUUCGACCUAUCGGCAGCUUCUUCACCGUAGUUGGAGAGGCCUAUGUUCCCAACUACAUGGCUGGGGAGAUUUUGAUAGAUAAUCCACCGGGAACAUCUGGAUGGAUUGAUAUAUCUCUGAGGGAGUGGUACAGAAAUCUUUCGUAA